CAGAAAACAAGACACCAGGCGAGGAAGCCGUUGCUUUCACACCCCUCCUUCCUGCUUCCUCGAUCCGCAUUCGCACUGGACUUGUUCACGACGCUCCUUCCUGCCGAUUCUAAUACUAAUUUCGAGCUCCCGCUCUCACAACGCUCUCUGCCGUCUGCCAUCUGCCUCCUCCGCUCCUUCUGCCACCAGCCCCAUCGCUCACUCAUUUUCGUCCAAUUCCACCCUUUCCCACACACAACUGAGUUGUCCAUCGCAUCGAGAACGCCGGGCGUCCACCACCAAACACUCCUUGGAUUUCCUACUCUUCGACAACAGCGACAACUUCUAAUAAAACACACGCACACGCACACGCACACGCACACGCAUGCAUCUGCUCUCCCACUUGCAACUCACGAAUACCGCAAAGCUCCCACGCCGCUAAUUCGCACACUCGCACACUACUCCCACGUAUCACCCGACGAGCCAGUGAGACACUUCCCGCUAGACGCCGACGUGCAUACGCCCAUCCAAAUCAUCCGAACGAACACCUGA